AUGACAAAGAACCAAACAGUUCCCUCUCCAUCAUUCCAAGCUGUGGAAAUGGAAGCUUUUGAUUGGGGGUAUGACAUUCAUAGAGAUGCUUCGAAGGGAAAUAUUAGUGGUUUUGAAGUGAAGAAUGGUGUAAUUGGAAGUGGGUAUGGUUCAUCUUUCUCUCUGGUUUUGGACAGGGAGAGAGGGGUGCUUGUGGAGGCACCUGUAAAAUUGGAAAGGAAGGGUGUGUCCACUGAGAGAAGCAUCGAAGCUUUGAAGAGCCAUAGUGAAGCUGAGAGGAGGAGGAGAGCAAGGAUUAAUGCACAUCUUGACACACUUCGUAGUGUGAUUCCAGGUGCUAAGAAGAUGGACAAAGCAUCAUUACUUGGUGAAGCUAUUAAACAUUUGAAAGAGCUGAAAAAGAAAGCAACACAAGCUAGUGAAGGUCUAAUGAUACCAGAGGACAAUGAUGAAAUAAGUGUUGAAGAACAAGAGGGAGGAUUAAAUGGUUUUCCUUAUUCAAUUAGGGUAUCAUUAAGUUGUGAAUAUAAACCAGGUUUGUUGUCUGAUAUAAGACAAGCACUAGAUGCUCUUGAUCUUAUGAUAAUGAGGGCAGAUAUUGCAACCUUGGAAGGCAGAAUGAAGAAUGUCUUUGUGAUAAUUAGCUGCAAAGAACAAAACUUUAAAGAUGCCACGUACCGUCAGUUUCUUGCCGGUUCUGUUCACCAAGCUCUUAGAUCCGUGCUCAAUAGAUUUUCUGUUUCACAUGACAUCCUAGGAACCAGAAAAAGAAGAAGGGUUUCGAUAUUCGGUUCUUCAUCUUUAGAAGACUUCUUGUAA